AUGGCAAAGUGUCUGGUAAAGGCCGACUCUGAUAAUGUCUUACUGCUUCGAAAUUUUGAACGUCUUUGCGAUGAAACAAGUAUGUGUGAUGUGUCGCGGCGAGUUCAACGGGAGCGAACCAAGUGGAUGGUGCCUGAAUCCAUCUACCCAGACGACCGUUUUCCACAGUACUGCUCGACAGGAACUUAUGUUUUGUGUGGUUACGACAUACCAAUGAGACUAAUGCAUGCAUCCGAAGAGAGUUGGUUUCCGCAUUCCUCUAAUUAUCGGAUGCUUCCAGAAGACGUACUAUUCACGGGAAUUUUUGCUGAAAAAGCGGGUAUUCGACGAACACAUAUUGGUGGCAUGUCCUUCAUUGACGCUCCUGAAUACUUUUGUCGCGAUGUAAAACGUACCUACAGUAUUCAUAUGAACCGUGUUCAAGAUCCAAAGAACUACUUCAAGCGUCUCAUUUCUAUGGAAGGGCACUUUUGCUGA